AUGCGCUCACAUAUGGAGCACCACCCUGGGAUAAAAAAUGUUGAAGAAUGGAAGUUUGUGUCUCAAAACCUCGACAAAAUAGCCGAGGCUGCCAUAGGUUCGAUCGUAAAAGACAUAGCUAAAGAAUACUCUUAUGCUAAUCCACCAAACAAACAGCCUCUUCAGAACGGAUCUCCCUCCUAUUAUUCGAUGGUUACCUCAACAUACUAUACCCGUUGCCUUUCGGCACUCGUAAAUAUGACAAUCAGUGAGCUGAGGACUAGCGAUUUUUUCUUUGACAACAAUGAUAUCAAGAUUAAAAAAGUUCAUGGCUUCAACCUCUCAGAAUUUCUGCCUUUUGUUACAGCCACCGAGCCAAAACAUACUACCCAGCCGCUGGACAAGAAUUUAAUUGGCUCUAAGCGGUUUGAUACUGACUUCAAGUGUCUCUUCACAAGCCAGAAUCUGCAAGUCAUCAAUGAUACGCCUGUAUAUUUAGAAGAUGUCAAGCAUCAGUCUCCUGAGGCCUCCACAGUUAAACAGUCAGUAUGCUCGUUAAUCUGCAAUAUGUUGAAGAAGUUCCUGCCUCCGAAAAAACAAUAUCGCGUAAUUGCGUAUCAGAUCUAUUUCUGUAUAUUCACAAACGACGUUCUUAAAUAUGCACGUCAUACAACUUUUACUCGCGCAUUAUGUCCGUCAACAACAUUUUCGGAUGAGCUGAUAGGAUCUCAAGACAAAGCGCUUCAAAACAAACAUGCCACAUUUAACGCGGUAUUUGAUAUGGGAGAUAUUCAGAGAGCAUGUGAAUUGUAUAGUCUAUCUUUUGCACAUCGGACAACAUGUCUACCAGGAAUAAAAACAAUACGAUUAUUGGGAUCUAAAAUAAAAACCGAUGGCACCCUUCGAAGCUUAACAGAAGAAGUCAAGGCACUUGAAUCUGCCCGUAAAAGAGAGUUAGAGCUACUAAAAGAUAGCAGCUUCCGAAAGAAAAUCAAGGAAUGCAAAUCAAAUUGA